AUGUCGUCCGUCAUCAGGUCCGUAGGCUCGGUCCUGGGCGACGAGCUUGACUGCUUGUUCUCUGCCUUCUCGCCUUGGUUCUACGCCCUCAAGUUCAACGCCGGUCUCCUCGAAACCGCUGCACUGAUAGCGAUAGGUGCCAUCAAUGUCACCGUCCCCGGACCUCAAGAGGGGAGUCCCGUCUUUGAUGCCUUUGUGAGCUACUCGCUCGAGUUUGCCUUCUUCCCAGACUUUGCUGGAAACGCCUCGGCGCCAAACAGGUUCUCGGACAACCUGCUCGCGAACCUGGGUGACCUACAAGGCGUCCGCCCGUUCAUUCGGGUCGGAGGAAACACCCAAGACUACGCCCUCUACGACGAAUCCCUCCCCUACGCCGUGAACGGCACAUAUGACCUCGCCAGGUCCAGGGACUACCCCACAACCAUCCACAUCGGCCCUUCAUUCUUCGAGUCGUACGGUACUUUACCCGACACCAAAUUCACCCACGGCUUCAACCUCGGCCUGGGCGGCAACCGCUCAGAAGGGUGGGAGACCCUCAAAGCCACCGUGCCCUUGGCCUGCAAGGCCAUCGGUAAAGACAACCUCGACGUCUGGGAGUACGGCAAUGAGCCGGAUCUCUUCUCCACCUCGGCGCAGGGUCCCGUCCGGCCGUCGUCCUGGAACGAGAAAGUCUACGUAGAGCAGUGGCUCAACGUCACCCGCGAGAUCGCCGCCAUCCUCGCGGAAGCGUGCCCCGAUUUCCCCAAGCCAGUCUUCAUGGCGCCCUCCAACGCGGGCACCGCGAACCGCCUCCGCGCUCCGGCGCAGUGGGCCGCCGGCCUAGACGCUGACGACAACGUCGCGCUCUUCUCGACACACAACUACAUCAGCGGCGCCGAGAGCCCCGGGGUCACGCUCCAGGGUACGCUGAUGAAUCACACCCGCACCGUCCAGUCCGUUCAGGCGCACGUGAGGGAGUACGCCACCAUCACGGGGCGUUUCGACGACGUCCCGCCGCUCAUCUACGGGGAGCACAAUUCCCUGUACAACCAGGGCAAGCCGGGAUUGUCAAACUCCUUUGGCGCCGCGCUCUGGGGUGUCGACUUUAAUCUCUAUGCGGCUUCGCAGGGAAUUAAACGUGUUCACAUGCACAUGGGGACCGACUAUCGAUAUCAAAGCUGGCAGCCCAUCCACACAGACAAGACGGCUCUCGGCACAAAGGCACCAUAUUACGGCAACGUCGCCAUUGCGGCCUUCCUCGCUCCAUCCAAGGCCUACCCCUCGUCCGCAGUCUCCGUUGCGCACAUCCCCCUCCCGGACAACAACGACGGGCAAGCAUCCGCCUACGCAGCCUACCACGGCGACACCCUCGCCCGCAUCCUCGUCAUCAACCUCCGGGCCCACAACUCGACCGUGAACGGCACAGGCACAACACCAGACCCGGUGAGACCCCGACCCCGCGGCGCAAAGACGUACAGCUUCGACGUGUCGUCUUGGCCAGCCGGUCUCGCUGACGUGCGGAGGCUCGCGGCGAAUGGGAGUGAUGCCAUUUCGGGGAUCACGUGGGACGGGUGGAGCUAUAACUACGAGCUUGAGGGGGGGAAGCCCGUGAGGCUGGGGAAUGUCACCGCUGGGGAGACGGCGCUGGUAAUCAGGGGCAGGGUGACUGUUGCCGUACCAGACAGCGAGGCUGUUGUUGUUAGUCCCGUUUUGGGGUGUGUGAAGGGGAAGAAGAGGUUGUGA